AUGAUUCGAUUACACGAGGCCAAGAUGCUGCAGACUCUGCACCGAUCCCUGACCAAAAGCAUCCCAGAGGCAAUGAACGUAUAUGGCUCCAUUUUUCUCAUCAAUCGUGGAAACCCCUUCAACGUGGAGAUGUUGGUAGACUCCUGGUCAGACUAUCAUACUGUCAUUACCCGGCCUCAGAAACAGAGAUCUAGCAAUGUUUUCCUUUGCAGUGCAAAUGACAAUUUCAGACCUUCCUUGUUGGAUGUUUCCCAUGCUGAACUUGGGAAUAGCAUGUGGAAAUAUGGGCAGAAUGAGAGGAGCCUGAGAUUUAUCAGACGCUGCCUCCAAAACUUUCCAGGUUACUGUCUGCUGGGUCCAGAAGGGAGUCCCAUCUCUUGGAUUAUAAUGGAACAAACUAGUGAAUGGAGAAUGGCCUAUACCCUGCCUGAGUAUCGAGUCAAGGGCCUUUCAAAGCAGGUGAUUAGUGCUUUUAUGCAAUAUUUGCAGAACGCUAUGCCAGUUUAUGCCCAUGUGGAGGAGACAAAUGAGAAUUCCCACAGAUUAAUGAAGUCUUGUGGUUUACAUGCUGUUGAUUGUGGAUGGCAUGAAUGGAAAUGCAUGCCAGCUAAAAUUCUUUAA